CUCUGUUUUGACUUGAAAGCGAGUUCUUCGUUGCACGAAAUUCUGGCGCCUUUCUCACCCAAGCGUGUCUAGAUCUUUGCUCGACGGUCUCGCGAAUAGGUCCCUAGGGCGACACGCCGUCAAGCCAAACCCUAGGCCGAACAUCUUCCAGCUCGGAGAUACCCCUCAAUCAGCAGACAUAACGCUUUGCGUCCUGCCUCUACGCCUGCUUUAAGUACUCUAGCAUAUUUUUCAAGAUGGGUUAUACCGAAAACUGCUGCCAGCUUUGCGCCGUCUCCAUCAACGUCGCUCGAAUGCGUACCAAGAACGAACCCCCAUCAGAAGGCUGGGGUUAUUCUGGCGGAGCAUAUUAUUCUGGAGAUUCGGAACUGUCUCAAUGCACUGUGUUCCCAGAGCAGAGUGGUUGCGAACAUGUGAAGGACGGAGACGAGCUGUGGAGUCCCUGGGAGCAUUUCCCCGGACGGCACUGUACUUUUACCGGAGGGUAUAACGGAUGGAAGAUUGGGGCCGACGAGAUGAAGGUAAGUGUUAUGGGCUUCUCGAAUGGAAUGAACCUCCCCAGGUAUAUCGUUAGAAAGCCGCCAAAUGCAAAACCUGAAAAGGACGACGAAGACUAUGAGAGGGUCAGCGACUUCUUCGUCUCAUCGCAGACAACAAAUCCGCCGGAUGAUUUUGAGCCCGGAGAAUUGGCUUACGUCCGGUACGGAGUCCAUACUUUUGAACCGGUGAAUUAUGAAAGAACUGCAGGGGUCGUUUUCCAGGGAGGCGAAUGGUGGGGCAUCCCAGCCCAUGACGCGUGCUGGAAAAUCUUUGAGCGUAUUUCGAAAAUGAGAACAGGUGAGGUGGACCUUGAAGGCUUCGUGGCAUUGUGGGCUAGAGAAGCUUGCGGUGAAUGUGGAUUUCAGAACUUGAAACAAGAACAAGUUAUCUGGAAGUGUCGGCAGCAAUGGUGGGCCCACGAGCCAGGCACCGAGUAUCUUGCAGCGAAUCCUCAUGAUAUUCCUGGAUUAAUUCUCGCAUUGCAACAAAUACCACAUGAUCAACACCUUCCCGAAUGCGUCUUUCCACUCUGGGCCAUCGACGAACGACUCCCUUCGGCCGAUACUUUCUCUGUGCUUCCAACAGAGCUGAAGGAUAUGGUUCUCUCACAUCUCUCCUCCAAAGAUAUCGGUAAUCUCAGAUUAGCAUCUCGGACUUUCCGACAAUUGCCAAACCGUCUCUUCUUCCGCUUGGUUCAGGAUGAACUGCCAUGGUUCUGGGAGAUAGACGAGCUGAGAGCUGCGUGUGCUGAGUAUUGUGAACGGCUGUACAACAUGCAGAACCCGCUGCUAAGCCAACUUCUUAGUGUUCACGCCGUGAGGGAGAGAAAGCUCCUGGAGAGAGAUAUGAAUUGGCUCGAGGUAUACAAGAAACUUUGUUUGUUGAAGAAAGCGAUGCUGGGGGUGAGAAAUAGAGCGAGGAUUUGGACCGUUGUGGAGGAAGUAGUUGCGAGAAUUGCUCGCCUGAGAGAGAAAGGAUGGUCUCAGGUCGAGCCUACGAACGAAGAGCGAGAGAGCGGUCUCGUGAACAAUGGGCCUUAUUGUCCACGAUGCAACCCUGAACAGAUUGAAGGGAGGAGGUCAUGAUGCCGGAAAUGAUCCCGUGGAAGUGACUAGGCGCUUCUUUGACAAAAGAGAGGGGAACAGGCCAAGGAAAAUAAAAUAAUACUCGAAAAAGCAUUCAAGGUACAAAAGUUGCCUAUCUUAGUAUAUAUACGGGUUUGUCUCAAAAGACGAAGUGUCGGUGGUGA